AUGUCAGAUGAUGAACAGAGCCCACAACCAUCUCCAGCAUUCAUUCCCAAAGAUGAAGAGCAUGAGGAUGGAAAAUCUGAAGCAAAAAUUCGUAUGGAAAUGGAAGCCAAGCGUAGAAAAGAGAGAGCUGAAGAGGAAUGGAGAGAAUAUGAAGAGUUUCGUAGAGGUGAACGUGAAAAAGAAGAAGAAGAGAUACGUCAAUUAAGAGAACGUCGAGAACGACAUAGAAGAUCAAAAAGACGAGCAGAAGAAGAAGAACGACAAAGAAAGAAACGUGAAGAAGAACAACGUAAACGUGAAGAACGUGAACGUAAAAAGAAAGAAUGGGAAGAGCGUAAAAAUGCUAAUCGACCUAAUUUCGUUAUUACAAAGAAGGAACCAGGUGCACAAGAAACGGAAGAAGAGAAAAAGGAAGAAGUUACAAAGUCAAAAGAACAGUUGGAAGCUGAAAAACGUGCCAUUUUAGAACAACGUAUACAGCCACUGAAUAUUAGUGGUUUUAAUGCUGAUCAAUUAAAGAAUAAAGCUAAAGAAUUACACGAUCUUAUCUGUCGAUUAGAGGGUGAUAUUUAUGAUUUAUCACAACGUUUCACAAGACAAAGUUAUGAUAUGCAAGAAUUAGCAGAACGUGCACGUCAAAUAAACAAAGGAGGUAAAGCAAAAGCUAUCACCAAUGCACCGGAUCCAUUAGCGGCUAAAUUCAGCGGUAUUCCUCCUAUGGUUGUUAUGUACAGUCAGUAUGAACGAGUGAAAGACCCAAGAUCAUUCAAAGAUCGACGCACUGUCUUUACAGGUGCUAAUUAUGCAGAAGAAUAUCAACGUAUUGCACCUUCACAUGUGUUGGUUAUGACAGAAGAGGCUUUCAAAUAG